AGUUUGUAGUCUGUGAGAAUAGUUUAAGCACAGAAAGUAGUAUCUAUAAUAAGCUGAAUGUAAAAAAUGAGAAGAAAGUGUAUAUAAUAGCAGGUAUAGCAAUCAUAGUGUCGACUUAUAAACCAACAGGAGACAUAAUACAAGAGAGAUAAACAAGUGAGAAUGGAAGAGUAGGUAAAAUGCUGACUCAGCUAGAGCAAAAAGGAUAAACUUUAAGCAUAUUAUUUGAUGACUAUUAAUAUACUGAUGACAUAUGUUCAGCCUCCUCUGCUCUGAAGUAGUCCAGAGGAAGUUGGAAGGAAGUUGAGAUCACGUGCAAAAAGUCUACAACCAGCCCCUCCCACUCUCACUUCAAUCUAUAAAGAGUGGGAGAGGCUGGUUGUAUAUACUGUCACUUGUUCACAACUACAGACUGCAGCAAGCAGGAGAAUCCCAUGGAUACUAUGUCAACCCUUUUCACCGGAGUGAUACUCUUUUCAAUGCUGCUAGGUUCCCAGUGUCUCCAGUUUAGCGUCCGGAAUACUGGAAAUGUAUAUCAGUUCUCUUCACCUGAAAACACUGGCAAUAAUGGGGAAUCGCUUGGUACUGUGACAUGUACUGAGAAUGGCGGUGCUAGUCUUGCUGGUCCUGUCACAUAUGCAAUACUACAGCCAGUAUCUGUACCAUUUGUUCUUAAUGGUAAUACUGGAGUUCUUAGUCUUAAAACUGGAGAGAUUCUGGACUACGAACAAAACCAACAGUACAUAUUUGACAUAUCCUGUUUUUAUGAUUCUGAUUCAUCUAUCAGUGCGAGAGCUAGUGUUACGUUUUUAGUUGGACCUGUAAACGAGUUUAAACCUGUUUUUAGUGAUGUCUCUCUUCAAGUUUCCGUCACAGAGCUUACCCCAAUUGGCAUGGUCUUAGUAGCUAGAGAUUCUUCUGGUACUAGACAAUACACUGUGAGUGAUGGGGAUAACGGACCAGAUGGAGUACUACGAUUCUUACCAAGCUCAGCAAACCCACCCGAACUUAAUCAAGAUUUCAGUUUGAGUAUCAAUGGUACGCUAACUCUAAAUCAAAUAAUCGAGCUUGAUACUGGAGCAACCUCAGUGAGACGUGCGACGUACCAAAUAACGGUUUGUGAUGGAAACCGUGUGGAAGCUGAUUGCCCAUUAUUAGAUGUUGUAUUCCUUAUCAGAUCAGACAAUGAUAAUCAUCCGAUGUUUGAGCAAGACGAGUACACUGUUACCGUAUCUGAGUCAGCCCCCAUUGGUACUAGCUUGCUCACUGUGGUGUGUACUGAUACUGACCGCAAUGGUGUGGGAGAAUUUAGUGGCUUUACCGUUGAACAGCCCAGUGCCCCAGUUCACAUACUUAAUAAUGGAUCUAUAUUUCUCAAAGACAGUCUUGAUUUUGAGAAUUCUUCUAGUGUUACAGUUACUUUAGUCUGCUUAGAUAGUGGUGGCUUACAAGAUAUUGCAACAUUAGUGAUCACCGUUAGACCAGAAAACGAUGGUGUCCCCAGCUUCAUCACAACUCUCUUUGAGUGUACAGUUUGUCGACAAGCAAUCAUUAGCGAAGAAAUUUGUGAAGUUCAAGCAAUUGACACUGAUAAUGACAUAAUCACAUACACAUUAUCUGGACUAGGCAGUGAAAACUUUCAGAUCAGGCCAGACGGUGUGUUAGUAUUGAAUGAUGUAGUCUUGGUUGCCGAAGGAUCUUUCUUUUACCUCACGGUAACUGCAAGCGAUGGACUAUUCAAUACCAGCACAAAUGUGCGACUUGCUGUCGACUGUUUGCUCUCCAUUCCCGAGAUCAUUAUUGUAGCAGUUUGUGGUGUGGUCUUUAUUUUAGUGGUGAUCAUUGUCACUGUGAUAUGCUCCAUUGGGUGCUACCAGUGGUGGCUCAUUAAGCACCACAAAUUUGAGGAUAGACUCUCUGCAAGAAGUGACAACAUGGCCUCACGCGAUCAAGAGCAGCUAAAUUCAGUCCCACAGCGAGAAACAGUUUUCUCUGCAGAUAAUAAUGGUGCUGUCGACGAUGCCAGCGCCGAUUGCACUGCUCCUAUUGUGGACUUCAGUAACCAUAACUAUGCUACUGUCCUGCCCAAGCAGCUGGGGGACUAUCAACCCUUCGCCACAGAAGAGACCAUUGAUACUGAAGAAAAUGUGAGCUAUAUGUUAAGAUAGGAAGAAGGUGCCAGCUGAUUCAGGAAGAAUUAUUAAAAUAAUUAUGUAGUGAUUUUAAAAGUAGAAGUAGUGUUACAAUGAAUCACCACUAGAAUAAUGAACUACUUCAGUGUGCUGAGUAAUGAUAUAGACAUAUACUGUUGUCUUGUUAUAGAACUGUGUGUAGCAGCUGUGUUAUGUUUCUUUACAUGAAGUUUGACAAUUUUUGUUUCAA